CCUCUCCUUGUGCCUCCUGCCCCAGAAAAUGAGCUGAGGUUGGAGAGCAGGGAGAACACAUACCCCCUGCAGAACCUCAUGGAAGAGGCUGUUUUCAGUGUCUCCACGGCACAGGAAUCCAACGGGGAUGAAAACUUCCAGAGAUCCCACAUGAGGAUGAGCAGCAUGCCAAACCCAGGGCUCUCUGAGGGGGAAAGACACACUCUGUGCCAGGAAGGCACCCAGAGCUUCAGCUGGGACUUGGAGCUGGGGGUCCUUGAGGAGCUUCAUGGCAGGGAGAAGCCCAACGAGUGCUUGGAGUGUGGGAAGAGCUUCAGCCGGCGCUCCACCCUGAUCCGCCACCAGCGGACCCACACUGGGGAACAGCCCUACGAGUGUGGGGAAUGUGGGAAGAGGUUCAGAGAGAAGUCCUACCUGAUAAGGCACCAUCGCACCCACACUGGGGAGAGGCCCUACGAGUGUGGGGAAUGUGGGAAGAUCUUCAGUCGGCGCUCCCACCUCAUCUCCCACCAGCGGACCCACACUGGGGAGAGGCCCUACCAGUGUGAUGAAUGUGGGAAGACCUUCAGUGACAGCUCCAGCCUCCUCUCCCACCAACGGAUCCACACUGGGGAGAGGCCCUAUGAGUGUUCUGAGUGUGGGAAGAGGUUUCAGAACAGCUCCCAUCUCCUCAGGCACCAGCGGAUUCACACAGAUGAGAGGCCCUUCCGCUGCCCCGACUGUGGGAAGGGCUUCAAGCAAAACUCCCACCUCAUCAGACACCACCACAUCCACACUGGGGAGAGGCCCUACGAGUGUCCCCAGUGUGGGAAGAGCUUCUCCACGAGCUCUGACUUGACCCGACACCAACGGAGGCACCGGUGAGGGA